AUGAACGUUGAUGUAUAAAAAGGGAGAGAAAGACCUGUUAGAACCAACGGUUUAAUUAAUGGUCUAAAUCCAUACCAAAUUAUAAGUUGGAUUUAUACUCUUAUUGAUAUUAUAAUUGCUUACAUUUUAACAUUUUCUUAUCAAGAACCAAUUCAUGUAAUUUUUAUUUAUUAUUCAGGAACUAUUGCUCAUAAUAUUAACAAUAAUUGUUACUAUCAUAAUUUUUAGUUGCCUCAAAGCUGCUAUAAUUGAUCCGACAGAUCCUAUUGUCAAAUAGGAAUAAUUAUACAAAUAAUAAGGGUAGAAAUAUUUAUUUAAUGCUAAAGUAAAGAAUUUAAAACUGAUAUUAAAUCAUUUUGUCUAGUUUGUUAAGGACAUGUCUAAGAAAAAACUAAACAUUGUUGGAGUUGUAAUAAGUAAUUUGAGUUUCUCCAUUAGGUGUGUAUCACUUUUUGAUCAUCAUUGCAUUUGGCUAAAUAAUUGUGUUGGAGAUUAGAACUAUUCAUAUUUCUUUAUUUUAGUUAUAUCAUUGGUGAUGUUUAAAAUAUUCAAAUUAGCAUUGGAUAUAAAUUUACUCUACUUAGAAUACGAUUUAUAAAUACUAGUGUAUAUUUGUAUAGUAAUAGAUCCUCCUGUUUUGAUAGUCUUAAUAUACUUAUUGUCUAUACAUCUAUAUUUCAAGUUUAUCAUAUAUUUGAUAUUUUUAGUUACAAAAACAUAACAACGUAUGAAUACAUAAAAUCAAAGUAGGAUAAGAAACAAUAAAUUGGUUAAUUGUAGCAUCCAUAAUAAAAAUCAAAUCAAAAUGAAAGUGGAACUGGUUAUGGUUAGUUAUUAUCAACUUCAAAAAGAUUUGAUUUGAAAUCAUAAUUAUCUCUAAAAACUGCAGAUUCUAAAACAAAUAAAUAGAACUAUUUUUCAAAUAAACAGGAAGAUGAUAAAAAGAUACCUUAACAAUCUCCGUCUUAACCUUAAUUUACUUAAAUUCCUAGUUUAUUCACUUCAAAACCAACAACUCCUGGAAAUGAGUAGGAGAAGAAAUAUCGUAUAUAAUAAACAAAUUAAUAAAUUCAGGCAAAAGAUCUUGAUGAAAUUAAAGAGAAAUAAAUUUAUAAUUAAGUAAUUGCUGAAGAUUCUGAACCUCAAAUGAAUGAAAGUUCAGAUGAGGAUUAAAAUCAUAAUUUUAGUUAUAAUAAUAAGCAUAAAUGUCCAAAAAAUAGCAAUGUUUCUUAAUUAGAUUAAAUAAUAAAUCAAUCAAUAUCCUUAGAAAUUGAUCAUUAAACAAUUAAAGUUAAUUAAGAAGAAGUUAAUAAGGAAAUAGAACAUGAUAAUAAAUCUAUUGAUCAAGAUUUAGUUAAUGUUUCAAAUUAAUAAUCAUUACAUGCAUAAUAACCACCACCUCCUUAAAAUUGUUAUACAUUUUAAAUGGAUUUGAAUUCGGACUAAUAGAAAAUUAUAAUAUCCCCUUCUAGUAAGAGAAAUAGUUAACAUUUAAUUGCUGAUAAUUGUACUGAAUGA